AUGUCCAGCCAGAGUAGAGAUUUGGGCUCUGAGCUGAAUUUCAGCUGGAGCCUCCAUCAUCAAACUCAACCACUCAAUAACCACUUCAUCCCUCCCAUUCGCACCUCCAACUUCACCAUCCAAGAACCCAACCUCCUCAGCUUCUCAAACCUCUCCCUCCACCAUCGCCCCUCAUCAUCCAUACAGCCUUCCAUACCCCAAUUCAACUCGGACAGCCCCGGACUGGGCUCGAUUCAAGAGAGUACCACCUACAAAGGUUUCGACCAACAAGCCCCCCUAUCUGAUCUAUCCUAUUCCCAUUCAAUCCAUCGAAAACCUUCUGUUGACCUGGAUCACAAUUCCAUCUACGCUCGAAUGUCCAGUAUGCCCUCCGAUCAAACCCUCUCAGGCUCACAGUCUGGCCAACUCUCACCCCUCCUCAUCCGUCCCCGCAAAUCUUGCGAAUCCGUCCGAGUCAUGCCCACCCAACCCAAACAGAGUACUGCCAACGAUUGCUCCUUCAGCUUCUCCAGCGGUCCCUCCUCCCGACCUUGUCAACCUACCACCACCCUCACCUCUCGUCCACCUAUCGUCUACCCCGCACUACUCAGUCGAGUUGCCGAAGCCUUCCGAAGUUGGAUCAUGCUUGCCGAACGGACUAAGGAUGGGCUGACGUAUACCGAAUGUUUUGAUGGCCGAGAAGCCGACAAAAUCACCUAUAUCAUCAAGACCACCCACCGGAACCUAGCCCUCCUACUAGGUCGUGCACUCGACUCUCAGAAGUUCUUCCACGAUGUUACUUACGAUCACAGGUGGCGUGACAGUCAUCACGAGCUCUAUCAGUUCAGAGGUACCCUCACCAACACCUUCACAGCCGAACAAGAUAAUCCCAGGAACUCGACCCAUGAUUCACUCCAGCAAACCUCAAGACCAAUCUCAGAGGCACAAUCUGAACUAGACGGGCUAGAGGAGGAAGAAGCUCAGGAGGAUGAGGUAACGGAGGAGGAGGAUUAUGUCUUACCCUGUGGGGUGUUCACCCUUCUCACCGAUUGUUACUCACCAACCUGUACGAGGGAUAGGCUGUGUUACUCGAUCGCUUGUCCCUGUCGACUCGAACAACAGGCACGAUUAAAUCUGAAGCCGAAACCAGGGCUACAACGAAGCCUAUCAACCGAAUCCCUCAGUGAUCUCAAAGAACCUGGAAAACUUUGGAUUCAUUCAGUUCCUCAAGAGGUUGUUGACUCGGUUAAUGAUACCGAGAAGAAACGCCAGGAAGCUAUCAAUGAGUGCAUUUACACCGAAAGGGAUUUUGUUAGAGAUCUAGAAUACUUACGUGAUGUGUGGAUCAAGCCACUACAGGCUUCCAAUAUCAUUCCCGAAGCUCGACGACAGGACUUUCUGAGUCAAGUAUUCUGGAACGUCCUCGAAGUCUUAUCGGUUAACUCUCGAUUAUGCGAGCUACUCUCGAAACGGCAGAAGUCGGCUCACCUGGUCCCUCACUUCUCUCCCUUCGUGAAGUAUGGUGCUCAUCAGCUGUAUGGAAAGUACGAGUUCGAACGUGAGAAAAGUGCGAACCCAGCUUUUGCAAAGUUUGUCGAUGUUGGUUAUUGGUUCUCUUCCCUAUCACUCUCCUUGACCUUUGACCUACUUGGAAACACCUAUUCUCAACUCGGCUCGUCCUAA